AUUCACGUUGUCGUCGCGAUCGUCGUCCUCCGCCUCGGUCUCGCUGGUGAGCCGCAUCGCGCGAUAUUUUUCAGUGGUGUGACUUUGGUGAAAAUUUUAUUCAAUUUUGUUCCUACCAAUUUCGCAAUUUUUUUUCUUAGUUUGCCUUCAUUUUCUCUUCAUUAUUUUUACCAACAACUCGCCUUUACCUACCUACUUAUGGAAAUGCGAAAAAGUGUAAAUGCGCGACACGUAAAUUUUCCUAAUUUUUUACGUACCCCGUAGCGAAUCCGCGAACCGGUCGUAUGAUUUGAUAUUCGCGAAUUUCGGUGCGGUUUUUAUCGUUUUUUUUGCCCGCCCGCCUCGAUCUCGACAUGUGUGAAAUUCUAGUGUGGUAUACCAAGUUUCGGGUAUUGUUAUGGUUUAGUGUGGUGUUUCAGACGUGUCUAGUUCAAGCUGCUAAAGAAGUUCCUGUGAGUCAAAUUAGCGGAGUGCUCGGGGAAAGCGUAAGGUUACCUUGUGACAUUUCCGUCGCCGAAGGUGUUCAUCGCGAAGAAGAUAACAUCGUGCUGGUUUUAUGGUACCGCGAAGAUUUGGGAACACCUAUAUACAGCGUCGAUGUUCGAGAAAAAGACUUCAGCAGAGCGGAAAAAUGGUGGGAAGAAAACGUGCUCAACAAUAGAGCGUAUUUCGAGGUGAAUUCGCAGUCGACGAAUUUGGUAAUUGAUCACGUCGUCGAAAAAGAUGCAGCCAUGUACCGUUGUCGAGUAGAUUUCAAAUAUGCUCAAACCAGAAACUCUAAAGUCAAUUUGACGAUAAUAGUACCGCCCGAAAAAGUGGUAAUUCUGGAUGAACGAAACGUGCCACGAACCACGGUGGUUGGACCUUACUCGGAGAACUCUGAUUUAACAUUAAUCUGCCAAGUUUUUAACGGUAAACCAUUACCUCACAUCAUGUGGUACAAAAACGCCGAACUUCUGAGCAACGUAUCGGUAAACGCGACGCUGAAAAAUGGUGUCCCUUAUGUGGAAAGUGUGAUAACAGUAAGACGUCUUCAAAGAUCAGAUUUACAUAGCCAAUUAACGUGCGCAGCUUCGAAUACCCAUUUAAAAGCACCAAUAACGGCCGUCGUUCAAGUGGACAUGAAUUUUGGACCUUUGGAUGUGAGAAUUAUCCCGGAUGAGCAACCGUUAACGGCUCAAAGAAAACUAGAUCUCAUUUGCGAAUCUACCGGUUCGAGACCUCCGGCCAAGUUGACCUGGUGGAAAAAUAAUUUUCGGUUGGAGAAAACCAAGGAUACGAUAUCGUCGGAUGGAAACACUACUAGAAGUAUUCUGACGUACACUCCAUCCAAAGAUGAUAAAAAUAAGUACCUAUCAUGCAAAGCAGAAAAUCCAGUGAUAUCAGGAGGAAAGACAUUGGAAACAGGCUGGAGACUGAAGAUUCAUUAUACUCCGGAAACGAAGAUUAUUCUGGGUACAUCUUUAAAACAAGAUUCCAUUAAAGAAGGAAUGGAUGUUUAUUUUGAUUGUAUUGUAAACGCGUUUCCACCAAUUUACAAGGUCGAAUGGAGGAAAAACAAUAAACCACUACAACAAAUGAAGGGCGUGAUAAUUAGCAAUCAGUCUUUGGUAUUGCAGAGCGUAACCAGAAGUAGUGCGGGAAACUACUCUUGUAUUGGGUAUAAUUCGGAAGGAGACGGUAUCAGCGAUCCGUUUUAUUUGAACGUUAUGUAUGCGCCAUUUUGCAAACCGAACCAAACGCGGGUGUAUGGAAUAGCGAAAAACGAACUAGUCAACAUUACUUGCGAAGUCGAAGCGAAUCCAGUCGAUUUAACGUUUCGUUGGAAGUUCAACAAUUCGGCCGAAAACGACGAAUUACCACCGGUGAUUAGUCAACCAGGAGCGACUAUAAGCGUUAUUUCGCAUAUGCCCAUAUUGGAAGUCGACUAUGGAACUUUACUGUGCUCGGCUACGAAUAAAGUAGGACGCCAGAGAGUCCCUUGUGUGUUCCACGUUAUAGCAGCAGGACGACCAGACCCGGUAUCGAACUGCACAGUGAACAACAUCUCCCUAAACUCAUUCUCAGUCCGCUGCUCCGAAGGUUUCAACGGAGGUCUACCUCAAACCUUCUCCAUCUUGGUGACCGAACACCACGAUUCCCAAAUCGUAAACAUGACUUCAACAUCUCCCUCAUUCACCGUCUCUGGCCUACAACCAGGAACAUCGUACUCUGUAUCGGUAUACUCGAUCAAUGCCAAAGGUCACAGUGAACCUUACCAGCUGGAAGUUCUAACGCAAGGAAAACGAUUAAACCAGAUGGACGGUAGCAUUGGUGAAAUUCCACCAGAAAAACAGCAAGGUAAUUUCCACGUUACUGCGACAAUGAGCAUUAUCAUUGGGGCUGUGAUAUCUUUAUUAACGAUCGUCUGCAUCGUCGCUUCCGUAUUUAAAAUACAAUGCUCUAAGUCGCGAUCCGAUGCCAAAAGUAGGAAUCAAAAAAGACACGGUUCAAAUAGCAAUUUAGCCGCAGCCGAUAAAAACUUCUCCAGUCCUAUUCAUAGUGAUGAAGUAUCAGCCAGCGUAUGCCCAUCGAUAGAUAUCGACAGCGAUGAUAAAAAUCCGGACAUUAUACCACAGCCGGUUACUGCCGAUAUUGAUAGACUGAGCGAUAGUUCGAGAAAAAAACAACACAUAUCAACGAUAGAAAAUAGAUAUAUGCAAAAUAGGAAUUUCCUACAAUAUAGUAAUACACCAACCAGCUAUUCUGGUUAUUGUACAUUACGUACCGGUAUUGUUCCUUUACAAGACUUCUGCCAUUUAAAUACAAAAACGACAUCGAUACACGGUGACCUCCAAUACCUAUCGUCCUCCAGCGGGACGCUAAACAGGCACCAGUGGCCAACAUACAGUGGUACAAUUGCAGGCGUACAAAGCCAUCAAUGCGCUUAUCAAGUAGGAUUAUCGAAUCCUACUCAUCAGCAGGCGCAGACUCAAACUCCUAUACCGCCUUCAAUGAUUGAAACGUCGUUACCAAAUACCUCUUUGGCUAUAAAUAAGCAAGAGAGUACCGUUUAAUGAUAUUCCAUCAUUAUGGUAUCAUAUCACGUUACAAGAUUGUUAUUAUGUUUGUUGUGAAAUUACCUACCUAUCUGUGUAAAAGUGUAUGUGUAUUUUUUCUCCCUUGUUGUAGCUUCGAACAUGAAAAUUGGCGUUUGUUUUGUAUUCGUUAUAGAAAUUGGGGUUUGAUUCUUUUUUUGGUAUCAAAAAAAAAAAAAAAAAAAGAGUACCUGGAAACGAAAGAUGGUUAUGCCUGUGAUAUCUGUGACUACAAAUUUUUGAGAAUUUUUUCCUCUUACUUUUUUUUCGAAUAAGCAACCAUAUACCUACCUACGUAGUGCGAAUCUCGUGUAGAAAAAUAUUUAAUUUCGUUUAAAUUGCUCAUUUAUUUAGUUCGUUGCUAACCCAUUACAUACCUUCAUCUCUUGAUACGAUUCAUACCUACUAAUAAUAAUGGAAUUAUCGCCAAUUUUUAUGCGACUGUUCUUUUUCCACAUCGGAGUAUUAUUAAUUUAUAUACUCUUUACUAUGUAUACCGGCGUUGAAUUUCGUAUUCAUAGCUUUUCAUGUACGAUUAUACAUAUACAAUCAAACGUAAUACGAAGUUCGAUGGAAUUUUUUAUCAUGUUUUUUGUUUUUUAAAUUAUUUUUACCCAAUUUUUUAUACCUAUUCGUAAACGAAAGAUGUUCGCGAUUUAAAUGUUUGUUUCGUCAUUUUAUUUUGAUUUUUUUUUUCUAAUAAGACGCUGUACGAAUAAGUUUUUUUUAUGU